GAAUAAAUUUAAAAAAAUACAGAGAACGAAAAGAAAACAAAAUUCAAAAACAAAAACAUUAUUUUGAAUGAAGUAUUAAGUAAAAGCUUUUUAUAUAAAUCACUUAACAAGAUGUUUUUAUUAUUUGGGCUUGGACGUGCUUGUAAGUUUGCAAAGAAAUCACCAUAUUACUUAAAUAAAUGCCAUUUAUCAUUAACUAGUAAAAGGCAACACAAAGCAGCCUAUGAAGGUGAAGGAAAGACAACACUACGAAUUAUAAACCAGGAGCAAGAUCUAGGACUUAUGAUUGACUCAUACGGAGCAUUUGGAUUCAGAUUGAACAAUGGCAUUACUGUACUCGGUCCAAUGGCAAUAUUUCCAAGAACAGUCCUGUCGUGGCAGAUUCACCGAACAGUUGACAUAACAACCGAAUCUCUGGCCAUCUUUCGCGUCUUAGAACCAAAGAUAGAUCUUCUUAUAAUAGGACUGGAAACGAACGAUCGGCGUGUCGUAGACCCGGUGUUCCGGGCCACCAAACAAGCGGGCCUCAACGUGGAGCUAUUGGUGACUGAGCACGCUUGCUCCACCUUCAACUUUCUCAACGCGGAGGGACGGUCUGUAGCAGCAGCUCUUAUCCCGCCCUUGCAUAUACAAGUUAACGAAGAUGACAUGCUUAAAUCACAGUUGCAUUACAACAAUCUGUACACCAAGAGGAAUUACUAGCAGCCGAACUAGCACCUACUAAUAAGUGAUACGACCUUUCGAUGGCUACAGCCUAAAUAUUGUGUUAUAUAUUAUGUAAUAAUUGUUGUGUACAUAUUAGUUAAUUGUUGAUAAUUAAUAAAUAGCUUUAUCUGUG